GUUCCACUGUGGAACGCUGACGGUGCGAAGAGAUCAGGGCAGGGAAAGUGCCCAGACUGCACGUCUUGCCAAGGGACGCAGAGCUGGCACCGUAGCGUCUAGUGGCCCCCGGCCCCAAGCGCCGGGCGUCACCGAUCCUCAGCCCAGCCUCGGCCUGGCAGUCGGGCUUUCGGGAUGGAGGACAAGAAGAAGAAGAGGAGCCCCAAGGCUUGCCUGGCCCAGCCGGCCCCUGCCGGCGGCUUGCGCAAGCUGCCUGUCCCCACCAGCAAAAGCGCCACCUUCUCCUUGGGGCUGCCUCACCUGCCCUCGCCGAAGCAGAGGGCCAAGUUCAAGAGGAUGAACAAGGAGAAGCCUCGUGCCCCACAGCCGGGGGGCGGCGCAGGGGUGGCACUGGGGCCCCCGCUGCAGCACACCUUUCUGACGGAUGUCUCGGACGUGUACGAGAUGGAGGGCGGCCUCCUGAACCUGCUCAAUGACUUCCACUCGGGGAAGCUGCAGGCCUUCGGGAAGGAGUGCUCCUUCGAGCAGCUGGAGCACGUGCGGGAGAUGCAGGAGAAGCUGGCGCGCCUGCACUUCAGCCUGGACGUCUGCGUGGAGGAGCUGUCCGAGGACCAGAAGAAGGCGGUGGCCGACAGGAACCUCGACCAGCUGCUGACCAACCUGGAAGAGCUCAGCAACUCCAUACAAAAGCUGCACCUGGCGGAGAACUCGGACCUGGAGGACGCUUCCACGGCCUAAGCGCUGAGGCCGCCGGCCCCACGCAGCAGGGAGCAGCGUUAGGGAGGGUCGUGGAGCCCAGGGAAAGGCCUGCACCAGCUGCACCCCCCCCUCGCAUUGCCACCUGCGAACUGCCCAGAGCAGGAGGGGUUCAAAGGGACGUGCUCCCCGAAGAGGAGGGGUUAGG